UUUUUAUUUUAUUGUUUUAAAUUAAAUGUGCAAGUACAUGACUUCGUUUAAAAACGUGUUACACAUCCUUUUAUGCCCCAUGAGAUCGAUUAUAGCCAUUACCUACUUUGCAAGAACACAACUGGCAUUACCUUAACAAUAAUCACUUGCUCCAAUUUUAGAAACAAGUUGGAACUUACAUCUACAACUACACAACAAUACGUUAUUAUAAAAUGCAAAAAGUUUCAAACAAACCAUUCAUCAAACAAAAGCCAUGGAACUCUCCAAUUGUUCUUCAUUUCUUUUGAUUCUCUCUCUUUUCUGGGUUCUCCAAACAUCGACUAUUGCCACUAAAAAGCCAUACAUCGUAUACCUCGGAUCGCAUUCUCAUGGUUUGAGUCCUUCCCCGUUGGAUCUCCAACUUGUAACAAAAUCUCAUUAUGAUUUACUAGGAUCAGUGUUGGGAAGCAAAGAGAUAGCCAAGGAAGCUAUUUUCUACUCAUACAACAGAUAUAUCAAUGGCUUUGCCGCAAUGCUCAAUGAAAAACAAGCCGCAGAUCUUGCAAGAAUUCCAAAUGUGAUUUCUGUUUUUGAAAAUAAGGAGAGACAACUACACACAACAAGAUCAUGGAAUUUUCUUGGACUAGAAACACAAGAAGGAGUUCCUUCCGACUCUAUUUGGAAUGUUACGAGGUUUGGUGAAGAUGCAAUUAUAGCUAACAUUGACACAGGUGUUUGGCCCGAAUCUAAGAGCUUCAGUGACGAAGGAUAUGGGCCCGUCCCUUCAAGGUGGCUGGGCAGUUGUCAAAGUGGCGCUGACCCCAACUUCCAUUGCAACAGGAAGCUAAUUGGAGCAAGGUUCUUUAACUUAGCCAAUCGUCCACUCAAUGGCAGCUCCAAUUCUCCAAGGGACCAUCAAGGCCACGGAACCCACACUUUAUCCACGGCUGGGGGCAACUUUGUCUCUGGAGCUAAUGUUUUUGGCUACGCAAAUGGAACUGCCAAAGGUGGCUCACCUCGAGCCCGUGUCGCGUCCUACAAGGUCUGUUGGGAAGCGGAAGGUGGAGGGUGUUUUGACGUGGAUAUCUUAGCUGCCUUCGAAGCUGCCAUUGGUGAUGGGGUUGACGUUGUCUCAGCUUCUCUUGGUGCAAUUCCCUCAGACUUCCUAGACGAUGGGCUAUGUAUAGGGGCCUUUCAUGCAGUUCAGCAUGGCAUCGUUGUUGUUUGUUCCGCUGGAAACUUAGGACCAGAUCCUACAAGUGUAUCAAACGUAUCGCCAUGGAUGUUAACCGUUGGAGCUAGUACCAUUGAUAGGGAGUUCACAAAUUUCAUAGUCCUAGGGAACAACAAGAAACUCAAGGGUGCAAGCCUCUCUUCUAAGGCAUUAACAGAAGACAAGUUCUACCCUUUAAUCAACGCUGUGGAUGCAAAAGCCAACAAUGUCCCAGAACUUGCGGCGGAAGUGUGUGAUGAGGGAACACUUGAUCCCACCAAAUUGAAUGGGAAGAUUGUGGUGUGCGUUGUUGGGGUUAUUGCAAGAGUGACCAAAGGUUACUUGGCAGCUCAAGCAGGGGCGGUUGGGAUGAUCUUGGUUAACGAUGAAGAAAGUGGGAAUGAGAUUAAAGCUGAUCCACACAUCAUUCCAGCAUCCCAUGUAACCUAUAAUGACAGUAUAACCAUCUCUCAAUAUAUGAGCUCUACAAGGACACCCAUGGCUUACAUCAGUUCGGUAACGGCAAAGCUCGGUGUCACGCCAGCCCCAACCAUGGCUAGGUUCUCAGGGAGAGGCCCAAGUAUAAUCGAGGAGUCAAUCCUCAAGCCAGAUAUAACAGCACCAGGUGUGAAUAUAAUUGCGGCUUACCCUGAUGGAAUACCAUUGGCAAAUCUGCCCGUUGAUGAUCGUCGAGUUCCUUUUAUGGUAUACUCUGGCACAUCCAUGUCUUGCCCCCAUGUUUCUGGCAUUGUAGGCCUUCUCAAAACCCUAAAUCCCAAAUGGAGUCCGGCCGCCAUUAAAUCUGCAAUUAUGACCACAGCCAAAACAAGAGAUAGCAGCUUACAUCCAAUUGUCGACCUCGACGGAGUGAUAGCAACUCCAUUAGCAUACGGCGCAGGACAUGUUCAUCCAAACAGCGCCAUGGACCCUGGCCUCGUUUACGACAUUACAAUGGACGAUUACCUAAAUUUCUUGUGCGCUCGAGGCUACAAUGCAACGCAAAUCAAACAAUUCUCAAACAAUACAUUGGUUUGCAAUAAGUUAUUCAAAGUGACUGACCUCAAUUAUCCAUCCAUCUCAGUCGCGGAUUUGAAAACAGGCCCUGUGACGAUGAAUCGAAAGGUGAAGAACGUGGGAAGUCCAGGGAAGUAUGUUGCUCGAGUAACGUCGCCUUUGGAAGUUUCAAUCGUCGUUGAGCCGAGUACAUUGCAAUUUACCGCCAUGGAUGAAGAGAAGAGCUUCAGGAUUGUGUUGCAGAGAAGUGGAAAGGGAAAUCAAGAGGGUUAUGUGUUCGGAACAUUGGAAUGGUCAGAUGGGAAACACAGUGUUAGAAGCCCCAUUGCUAUCAAUUUGGGGAAAUAGUUUCAAAUGCUAAAGGAUUUAGAACAAUCUCUUAUGAAUUUGAUUGUUCAUGAAAAAUCACAAAUUAUAACUAAUAAUAAUCAUUACUAGAGUAAAUUUUCUAAAAGUUGUCAUUUAAUUCUUAUAAAAUAAAAAAGCAUUUCAUCUCCAUAAAUACCUAUAAAAGGGACUUAUUUCUAUCUCUAUGGUCAUAACACUGAAUAUGUUAACUAUGGUCAUAGCACGUUCAUCUUAAAUCAUGCCUUCGUUUUUGAAAUAUUCUAUCGAUCGUGGUUUUCCAAUUUCCACUUUUAUUUGUCUAGUCGAAUGUGUUAAGCCUACUUCGUAAGCUAGUCUAUAGAAUCUAUAACCUAAGUAAUGAUACCAACUAUAACGACCUUAUUUUUCUAAUGAAAUAGAGUCGUUACUACAUGCAUGACAUAUGACGGUUAACUAUGACCACAUUCUUUUAAAAUAUUUAAAAAACGAAGGAAUGGACUUACGCGUUAAAAAUUAAAUCCUUAAAUCGAUACGAAAACAUAUAAGAAACGAGAAUAGACAAUAUAUUCAAAAACUAGAAAAUAACACAUUGCCCUACUCUAACCUAAGAGUAUAAGAUGAAAUGCAACUACCCUAACACCGGUUCCAUGGUCUUCACGCAUCACCUCCAUCGAAGUAUAGAGAUGUCUUGUCUUUACCAAAAAUGUAAGAGUAGCACAUGACUUGAGUAUUUCUUAAUAGACUCCAAUAUUGGGGGACGUGAAACACAAACACAUACAACAUGACGAGACUUAUCAUGUAAAACAGCAUAGUAUGACCUUGAGCUCUUUCCAAUCUGGACAGGGUUGGAUGUGUAGUACUUCCCCACACACGGCCCAUACACUGCACAUGGACCCACCAUGUGGGCUCCUAUACAUACCCCUGGGCCUGAUUUAGUCAGGCUAAACGUGCUAACGCAUCGCCAGACACCACGGAGGAAAAGGCCCACAUGAUAUCAUGGCGAACAUAAAUAUCGAAAGUACUCAUCCAUAGUAACUUAACAUAACAGGGAAAGUAUCUCAAUGCACGUGACCACACAGUUAUGCAUGAGGUCCCCAUACUUUCCAUCAUGACAUAAUAAAAUGAUGCAAGAUAACCUUGAUUCUUUCGUAACAUAUUAAAUUUGGUAAUUACGCGUACAUAAUUCUUAUAUAUCAUUUCAUGCAUAACAUAACUUCCUUAUUUAAAAACAUAUCCCGACAUGUCGUAGCAUAUCAUGACAUUUCAUAAUAUAAAAUAGCUAUCGUUACAUAACAUGGCAUUUCCUUUAUACCUUAAUAAUAUUUGACAUAUCUUAUAACGUAAUAUAACACAACAUUACAUAUCAAAACAUAUCAUACAUAUGAUACAAGCAGGGGCCACUAGGCACGUGUCGUCCUACAUAAAACAAUUCUUUCAACCAAACGACAGUGGAGCCACUUAGUUGACCAAGGCUCGAGUUACUAAUUAUUCUUGAUACUAGCCUGAAUCUACUCUUCAAAAUCCAAAAGGCUCGAGUUACCAAUUCAGCCACCUUGUAGUCAAAAUCCAAUUUCUACUCAUAUACAUCUACUCUAUCUCUUUUCUCUUCCCAAAUCAAGUCUAUUGUUUCGUCUCUCUCGUGGAAUUAAAUUAAUCUAAAUUAAUCAACUUAAACCGGGAAAGCCAGCUAUUUUUUUUCUUUUUUUAGUUAACUUAUUAAUUAACCUAUUUUGUUUUAUUUUAUCAUUAUUUUUAAAGGUUUUUAUACUUUCUAAUAUUUUUAGUAUCCGAUCUAAAUGAAUUUUUAAAAAAUAAAAAAUAAAAAAAACUUUAUGAAAAUAAAAAAUAUCGGGAAAUAUCAUUUGAAAUAGAGCUAGACUGGUAGCUCAAAUUAUUAUAAAAAGUACCAGCGAAAUAAAUUUCUUGGACGGAUUUUUCCGAAAGUUUACUUAACCAUAUAACGGAGCAAAGUUGCGAAAUAUAUUACGGUUGUUAAUUGUUGUUGCGCUCAAAUUCUUUAGAUGAUAAAAACUAUUUGUAAUUUUGGAAAAUUUGACCAUUAACCUAUAUUUUAUUUAUUACUUUGUUUUAUAAA